AUGGACUUUGAUCCCGCAAACCGCGACGUUGCCGCGCCUCGCUACGAGCUCGAGUCAGGCUCAGAAGACGAAUUCCAAGUCGCUGAUCAUGGAGCUGAGUCCAGGUCUGAAGAGCCUUUCCAACUCGUGACGGCUGACGGAUCGGAGAACGAUGGAAAGCUGGAGCAGGGGUCGCAGCUGGUCGUGUUGAUCGGCCAUGCAGGCGCAUCAUUGCUAUCGUCGCUGGGUGGGGCUGGACUCGAGCAGCACUCUUCGCUACGAUGCGGGUCGGAACAGCACGCGGCCAUUGCAUCUGCUAGAUCGAGCCGCGGUGGUAGGGUCACUGUAGCGCUGGUGGCACCUUCACCGCAAUUGCGUUCGUGGCGCCUGCAUGAGAUGGCCUCUACGCUCAUCGAAACCGUCAAGCCAUCAAGCGUGGUCAUCGUCGACUCGUAUAGCCCACAAGAUCAGCUGUACCGAGAUGCUGCGUAUUCGGAGGAAGAAGCGGGUCCAGAGGCCGCGAUCCGAUACAUAGUUACACCGAGCUACGUGGCGCAGCAUGCAAUCGACUCGAGCAAGAUGGCGCCGCUGCGUUCGCCUGAAUCGGCAAGCGGUCUCGGUGCUGCUUUUCUGAGCAAGGCUGUUAUCAACAACGUCCCGGCGAUCCUGACGCUGUUGGAAGACGUGAGCUUCCAGUCGCACAUUCAGCUGUAUGGAUCAGAGGGCGCAUCUCGACUCUCUCCCGCUGUCAACGAGACGCUGAGUGCACUGACCGGUCUCGGUGGUGGAGCAAUCGACGCAGCAUCAAACACACGAAGCUUGCUGGACUUUGCGACGUCGCGACGGGUUCAACCAGCAGCCAACUUGGCCGUGCUGGGAGACGGCAACAUGUACAUCUGA